AUGGCAGUCCUGUGUGACGAGGCACAGGCCGCCAUAGCGGUGCCCGAGGCCGCGAAGGCGCUUCGGGCUCUCUUGCUCGGCCUACCGUCCAACAACGGGUGCUGGCCAUCAGGUCGGCAUUCGAAAGACGGCUCCCUCACCGCGACUCGCGACUCGCCGGCCAUGGCGGUGCUGAGACAAGGUGUCACGUCGUACGUAUCCUAUCUCGGAAACAAUGCCAGCAGCACUAACAAGUCGUCCAGCACAUACGGCUUCAUCAACAAGGCGGCAAGGAGCACUGAGGGUAAGGCCGCCCUGAGCAUCCGUCUUCCGCGCCGACAAAUCAAGCCGGUCGAGGACGAGAAGCUCCCGGCGCCGGCCACAGCAUUGACGGGAGUCAUGAACUGCUUUGGCAGGGAUGCGCGGACGAAAACGAUGUUGCGACGACCGACGACGAACGAGGCUCGCUUGUUUGGCGUGCUCGUGCAAACUCAACGGCUCGGGCUGUCAACGGCCCCGGGUAUUUUCUAG